AUGUCUGAUGACCUUUCUGGCACGCCGGAGGACUUCCUGCACUUGACCCAAGGCUUGGGCGACAGGUGGCGCUGCGACGAGGGAGCCUUGCGCAACAUGCUGCAGGCGCUGCGGUCCAGGUUACCCGCCGAGCUCGCGUGGCGCGACGCCGCGCUGCGCGCGCUGGAGCGGGAAGAGGAGGCGCUGCGGCUGCGCGGGGCCCACGUGGAGGCCUCGGGCGACUGGGAGGGCGGCUGGUUGUGUGGAGAGGUGUUCGGCAAGACGCCGGCCCGUGCGGCGCAGGAGGCCUUCAAGGCCUCACCGCAGGCUGGCGUGGGCGCCGCGCCCGCGCACGACGCAACCAACGCGCUGCUGGGCGAUCUCCGCGCGGCACUGGCGCGGUCGCUGGAGAGGGGCAGGGGCCUGCACGAGCGGCUCCGCUGCGCCGAGGAGGACCACGAGCGAGCGGUGCUGCAGCUGCGCGAGGAGGGCGCCUUCUUCUGCUCGCCGGGGCCCUCGUCCACCCCUCCUUACUUCCUGGCCGGUGGAGAGUGA